AUGAAGUCAUUGGCUGUAUCUGAGAUCCAUAUGUUCCUAGAGGACGUUUCCAAAGCAGUGGCCUCAUUCUCUGGUGAUAAAGACUUGUCAAACUUGAAAAGAGCCACCAUUCAUAUCUUUGCCUUCGUGGAUGCAAAUGUCCUAAAAUGUGAUAGGUCACAUAUCUUGACCAGCUUAUUUGAAACAGUGGAAACGGUCUUCCGAGGAUGUCCUCAACUUAUGGAGACUCUAUUGGUCCAAUCAGAUGUACAUUUUGGUUAUUGGCCAGAUGAGGCGUCGUCUUCGUCAUCAACUACUUUAAUAGUUUGGACUAUUCAUUACGUGAUUCAUUUGAUCCGUAAAUGCUCUUCAAUGCCUACAGCAAUUCCAAUCUUACGACUGUUCAUCAUUCGAUUGGCCCAUGUGCUUAAUCUCCGUGCACGAGAAAAGAAGCACUUUGUUGAGCUUGCCCAGAUUGCUAUUCAAACUAUUGAUGUCAACUUGAAACGACUAUCGUCUUCAACAAGCAAUCUUAAUGGCGAUUUCUACAUUACUUUGUUUCAAGUGACUCAUUUAUGUUCGAUCUUCAUUGAAUACGACCUUGCAGACAAUUUGUAUUUACUUCUACCCCAGUGGCAAUUACAAUUCGAUAAUCUUGUCCGAAGAGCGUGCUUCAUACUUUUGGAGUUAAACUCUCAUCAUCUUUUGGAUGAUCUAAAAGUUAUCCUCUUACAGAGUAUCACAGACCGAUUGGUUAUUGACUCAAAUAGAACAUGGAAUCAAAUCAGUGCCGUCCUCACUUGGCAAGGUGAAUUGAUGUUGGAUUGCAACCAUUCAACUUCCAAACCAUUGGUCAACUCAAUAAGUUAUUCUCUACUUAAACUCUACAAAUUAUGUCGAGAUACGGGGGUUUCAAACAGUUUUAUGGAAUUGCCAAAGCUAAAAUUGAUUAUAAACGACUUUAUCACGUCUUCUGGUCGAUUGUCAAAGACCAUAUCUGAAUUUCCUCCAUCAAUAAAGAAAACUAUCAAUAUUAUAGUGUAUUGUCAUAGUGUGGAAUCAAAGAACACUUCACUUGUUAACAGGUUGCGAACUUCAGAAAAUAGCCAAUACGUGGUUGUGCCUUUCAAAGACACUCUGUUGGCAGUUAUUCAAUCACAAUUGAUUCAGACUGAUAAUGAAAUUGAGCUGGACCAAACGUUUGCUAUGUUGAGGUACUUGGAAGGGGAUAGAGUCUCUUCCCUUGUUGAUUACAAAGACAAGAAUGGAAGAUACAAUCUUCUGAAGAUUAUGGCGAAGUUGGAGAAUCUUGAAAGAUCUUUAUGUACUUCAGAUGCGAUUAAAGAGUUGAUGCCUCAAUUCUAUACUCUAAUUUCAGCAUUGGGGUACUUUAUUUGUAUUCAUGGGAAUACAUUUGACUUUAAAACUCAAUGUUGUACAGUUUGUGAACCUAAUCCACUUCAGAAGAAUAAGUAUAUGGAGAUUUCCAAAACAAGAAGACCAAUUAAAGACGUUAAGGAGUUCUCCAAUUUGUAUUCAACCCUUAUAAGGUUGUCUAUGAGGUGUGUUGAUGAGGAUUUACUCCUAUCUAAUAUUUUAUUGACACUUUACAAGUUAUUUGCGUCGUACUCUCCACCACAGUUAAACAGCAGCUCACCCUCAUCUUUUGGUCCAUCUUUACACUUAUUCUUAACCCACAGAAAUAGAGAUGUACGAUUUCUAGCUUCAAGAUUGACUCCUUUAUUUCUUAUUAUAGAUAAGGGAGAGCAGCUUGAAAGUACAUUCAAUUCUCUAUUUGCUCAAAUGUCUAAGAUUGAUUUUAGAAACCAAAAGCAUUUAGCUGAAUCAACUAUUAGAUGUUAUGUUGAAAUGGCAAUUGUUAGUGAAGGUGAACACUUGUAUGUGCUUUUAAUCAAGUUGAUUGAUUUGUUAGGGGAACUGAACGAUCAACAUGUCAAUUAUGUUUACCUGGGGUUUCUUAGUGUUGCAAAUGCGAAAUCCAUGACUCCUUAUAAGCUUUUAUCACCAUACAUGCCUACCAUUGCAGAGCUAGUCAUAAAAAGACCUCGGAUGUUCACCAAGGUCAUUGAGUUACUAAAUUGGACUCCAGAAUACUUUUUAGCGAGAACCAAAGAGUAUACUCUCCCCAGUCUUUUGGAGUACUAUAAAAGAGAUUAUAUCCAAGAGAUUGCCGAAGCUUGCAAGAUAACAAAAUGGCGAUUGUUGGCAAAGAAUUUAUCUCGAAUAUGUGCGUAUUAUUUGGUUCGGGAUGAAAUCAAUGAGCAGUAUAUCAUUCAAUUAUUAGCCAAUGCAUCUCCAGAAUUUCGAUCACUUAAAAUGAAAGAGUUGAUAACAAAUACAGGUGAAGUUACUUGGUAUAUUUUGUUGAAGAUUCAAAUUGAUGAAGAAAGUAAUUCAUUUAUCAACAAGAAGCAAAUUGAAAAUGCUUUAGAGUUUGUUUCUAGUAUUCACAUGAAGCAAUCAGCCGGAAACUCAAGAUCUUCUCAGAAAGAUUUCAACCGUAUUAAGUAUCUUUUGGAUGAGCAUGUAUUAGAACUUGUCCAAAGGUUCAGUGAGAGUGUUCACAACAUUAAAGGUGCCAAACCAUACUUAGAAAGAAUAGGAGCAUUGCGGGCCAUAAACUAUUUGAUUGAGAAAAGUAUGGAAUCUGCUACAACUGCACUUGGUCAAAUAUCAACUUGCUUACAGGCAACAUUGGAAACUCCCGAGUUUGAAUAUUUGGCUAUGGAAUGUUGGAGUAAUUUGGUAAAUAAUUUGAAUCCUCAAAGCUUUCUUUCACUUUUUGAUAUUAUUAUCUCAUUAAUCUUUCAAAAGUUUGAAAGCUUUCAUAGUGAAACCAAAAAGUUGGCUAUUGGAAUCUUGAGAAAGUUGUUUGCCAUUAUUAGAACAAAUUAUGCUGAUUAUGGAUAUUCUCUUUAUUAUCUUUCAGUUCCCUUUGUCACUAGCAUUCAGAAUUUCCAACCAAUAAGAGAGUUUUCCUUGGUGAAACCAGCUAAACGAGUUAAUUAUUUCUUUGAGUUCACCAGAAGAUUGCAAUCCAAAAAUAAGUAUGUUGUUCAGCAGGCUUUGGACGAUUUAUUCAAUUACUUAACAAAGUAUCAACAACAAUGUCAAGAUCUGAUAUUUAAGGACCCUUCACUGGAGGAUAGCAUUAGUUGUCUUGUGCGGGAAAUUUUGGACACUUCAAACAGCUUCAAAAACACAGAGAUUGCUUGUAGUUGUGCCAAGGUAUUGAGUGCUAUGGGUUCAUUGGAUGUGAAUAGAUUUCAAUUCAAGUCAAUAAAAAAGAACAUAAUUUUGUUAUUUGAUUUUACAGACUACAAAGAAACUGCUGAAUUCUUAAUUGACUUCAUUGAGAAUAAGCUUCUCAAAAUCUUUUGGGCUUCAAAUGAUCCUAUUAAGCAGUUGUUCUCUGCUUAUUCCAUGCAAGUGUUCUUACAAAUUAUGCGAUUGGAUGCUCGAGUUUUAAACCCCAAAAGUCAAGACUUUCUUGUGGUGACUUGGCAAAAGUUCAGUGAUGUUUCCAAAUCAACGCUUAUCCCACUCUUGUCUUCAAAAUACGUUGCACCUGAACCCAAGUUUGAAAAGAUCCCGAUCCCUUAUCACAAUGUGAGUAUGAGAUACCUGAGUUGGUUGGUUCGGUUCACUUCGUAUUUACUAAAGAAAAAUUUAGAAUCUAUGAACGGAAACAAGACAGAAGCAAACAAAGCCCAGAUAUUCAAGACUUGCUCCAUGUUGAUUCGUGACGAAGAUGUAUUUAUAUCCUCUCAUGUGUUAAAGUUUGUUUGCUUGAGUCACAUAAUUUGCAAUGAUGAGAAGGACAUUUUGCAAGAGUUUCUUCAAAUACUACAAACUAAUGUUGAUUGUCUAUCACCAGACCAAAGAGAGCUGUUCAAGAAUUGUUGUGAGUCUAUUUUUGAAGUCCUAGAUUAUAUUCUGGAGUAUAUUGCGUCUGCUCGUCAGUACAUGAACGAAAUGGAUUUGAAGACAGAGAACGAGAAAAAGAUGACAAAGAACAUCCAAGCUGCUAUUAAUUUCCUUGAGUCCAUCCCCACCAAAUUAUUGGCAGAAAAGGCUGUUCAAUGUGAUUCAUACGAGAGAAGUAUUCUUUAUUUGGAACGAGGAUUGUCGCUGGAUCAUUUGCAGCAGGAUCAUGUAGUUGGUGGCCAAAACAUUGUGUCAACUUUACAGAAUAUGUACACUAACAUCAACGACUACGAUGCUCUUAAUGGAGUUUUAAAGGUGUUUUCAACCAAUAAUUUGAAGGAGAAACUUGAGACUUUUCAAUACAAUGAAAAUUGGUCUCUAGCCCAAGAAUCCUUCCAUGCACUAGGGGACACGACGGACUACAAUACCAAGAUUGCCAAUAAAACCAAAUUGUUAAAGUCACUUUCAGAGCAUGGUCAUUACGAAGAAGCUUUGGAUAGCUUGAGUGUUCUAGUUGACUCCGAUACUUCGUUCACCUUGAAAAGUCUUCCAUUUGAAUGGGCCAUGGUUGGUUUAGAAGCAGCCUCUGGAGUAGGAGAUGUUCCGUCUAUCAGAAAAUGGAAACAUGUUGCUGAUCUUGUUGGAAAGCCUGCUGAUGUAGAAACAUUGGUUCACUACGAAUUAGCAAAGUCUUUUUUAAGUCUUUAUGAACAUGACAAGUCUGGGUUCUAUGACUCCAUGAAUAAAGUCCAAGAACUCGUGGGGAACUCGUUGGCACCGUCACUAUCCUAUAGUUUUGCCAGAAACUCAUCGUUCAUGAAUGUGCUUCAUAUUAUGUUUGAUAUGGAUUUAUCUGUUCGACCUUUGGAAGAUGGCAUAUUUGAAAGGUUAACUAUGGAAAGAAGAGAACUCCAGAAAUUAAGAAUGUCUAAUGUUGACCAAGGUUUCAGUACCCAGUUUGAGUUACUUAUGGGGGGCUUAAUUUCAACGAGCACUGUGCUAAAAGAGCCUGUAGGAGACUUAUUUAUUGAUUGUUCCAGAAUAGCUCGGGACCAUAAUCGACUUGAUAUUGCUACUAAAUGCAUCACACGUGCAAUGGCUUUGAAUAACCCUGAGGCAAGCACAGAGUACGCACAACUCUUGUGGGCUCAAGGACGACAAGCCGAAGCCAUCAAAAGUUAUUAUGACAUAAUUAACGAUAACAUCUUUUCCAAAAACAAACGUCAACAAGCCGAAGUACAGUUACAAUAUGCUGAAUGGUUGGAUGAAUCAAACCAUAGCUCUUCAAGUACCAUUAUUGAGGAGUACAUCAAAGCAUUGGAUAUUGAUAGGUGGGAUCGACCAUACUACGAUCUAGGCAAGUUCUAUAGCAGAUUACUUGAUUCGACAGAAGAUCUGAACGGGUUCCAUGAGCUACAACUUGUUCGUAACUUCUUAACUUCGUUGGCCAUUGGACAUUCAUACAUCUUUCAAGCUUUGCCCAAGCUCAUUACUGUGUGGUUGGACUUUGCUCAGGGCCAUAAGAAGAUGAACAAGGACAAGUUGCGUUGUUUGGAUUUGAUGGUUGAGGAUGUGAGAAAGAUCGGCAAGUCUAUUCCCAAAUACGUUUGGUAUACUUCAAUCACUCAAUUGUUAUCCCGAAUUGUGCACAUCCAUGAAACUUCUUACAACUUGCUUGCAGAGUAUAUUUCUCUGGUGAUUGAAAUGUAUCCUAAACAUGGACUAUGGUUUAUCUUAUCCCAUUUGAACUCAAAGGAUGUGGUAAGAAAGAAUAACGUGAUGCACAUUUUGCAGAAGCUUCCGAAACUCAGUGACCACAUCACUGCUGCUCGGUCGUUGUUUGAGGAUUUCAUUAACAUCAUCAGCUACCAAGUACCCAAAAACUCAAGAGCUAAAAGACUAAGUUUGAACAAUGAUCUUCAAAUCACCUCACUUAAUUCACCAAAUACAUGUUUGGUGAUCCCCGUAAGGUCUAACUUGGAGAUCCGCUUACCAUCUUCUGGUCAAGUGCUGAAACAGUUUGUUGCCUUUUCCAAAUCAUCGUCAAUAACCUUUGAUGGGUUUGACGAUAACAUUGUUGUGUUUCACUCUCUUCAAAAACCUAAGCAAGUCACAAUCAGAGGUUCGGACAUGAAAGUGUAUCGGCUCAUGGUUAAGAAUGAUGACACAAGUAAAGAUGCCAAAGUUGUGGAGUUUACUACUACAAUUAACCGGUUACUAAAGGCUAGUAACGAGGCCAGAAGACGGAAUUUGGUGAUAGCCAACUAUUCAGUCAUUCCUUUAGCAGAUCGAAUGGGAGUAAUUGAAUUUGUUACUGACGUGGCUACUAUGAAGAGUAUUGUUGUUGAACAGAGAAAGAGAUUGGGCUUGAAAGCUGAUGAUAGGAAAAUAUUUCAUAAAUUGAUUCAACUCCAAGCGUUCCUUAAACAAAGACCAAGUUCCAAGCCAGGAUAUCAACCGAAACUCGUAGAUAAGUCAAAAUCUGAGUUUACAGAAUUAUUUGAGUUCUAUAAGAGAUCAUGUCGGGAAUUUCCACCGGUAUUACAUCGAUGGCUAAUUGAUCAAUUUUCCGAUCCUGCUUCUUGGUAUCUUGCUAGAUCAUCUUUCACUCGUUCUGCUGCUGUAAUGUCUAUGGUUGGAUAUAUCAUUGGGUUGGGAGAUCGACACUGUGAAAACAUAUUAUUCUUUAAAAAAUCUGGUCUGGUGUUGCAUAUUGAUUUUGAGUGUCUAUUUGAAAAAGGAAAACUCUUACCGGUCCCUGAGCUUGUCCCCUUCCGUUUGACUCCUAAUUUGGUUAAUGCUAUGGGGAUAACCGGGGUUGAAGGUUCCUUUAGAAUCGCAUGUGAGGUAACUGGGAAGAUCUUGAGAGACAAUGAAGCCUCCUUGAUGAAUAUCUUAGAAACCAUUCUUUAUGAUCCUUUAUUGGAAUGGGAAUCUGCUAAUCCUCGAGAAAGUUUGACCAUGGUUACCCGAAAGAUUAGAGGGUUAAUCAAUGAGAAGGAAGGUUUACCUAUGAAUAUCCAUGGACAAGUUGAUGUCUUAAUCCAAGAAGCAUCUGCUGAAGAAACUUUAUGUCAAAUGUAUGGAGGUUGGUCUCCAUACGUUUAA